AUGAACCCUCUUGAAUAUCUUUAUAAUUCUGAGGUCUCAAGGCUGGACACUCCUGGGGUCAAAGGCCAAGAAGUUCAUGAACGUGCGAACUGGACCAACAAGACAGAAUACGUGCUCUCCAUGAUGGGUUACGCUGUUGGUUUGGGAAAUAUUUGGAGGUUUCCAUACUUAACUUAUAAGAACGGAGGAGGAGCCUUUGUCAUUGCCUAUUUGAUCACGCUGCUUUUGUGCGGCAUUCCUCUUUACUUCCUGGAAAGUGCCAUCGGUCAGUUCUGCAGCCAAGGCCCGGUCAACGUGUGGCGAGCGGUACCGCUACUUCAGGGUGUGGGCGUUGGAAUGAUCUUGUUCAGCACCCUCCUGUCGAUAUACUACAACGUCAUCGUGGCCUAUGGCUUGUUCUACUUUUUCAGCUCCUUCCAGUCUCCUCUGCCGUGGUCCGGGUGCUUCAGUUGGGCCGACAAAAACUGCAGCGACAAGCCUUUAGUCUACUGCAACCUAAGUGGUGUUGUCAUGGCCAACUGGACUCAGGAGAACAUAAGUUGUCCUUCAUCCAGCAAGAUAAGAGUUCCAGUGCAGAGUCCCAGUGAGCAGUACUGGGAUCAUGUGACUCUACAGAGAUCCGCUAGUAUCGAGGAGACCGGUCCAGUCGUUUGGCACUUGGCUCUCUGUUUGCUGCUCAGCGCUAUCCUUGUUGCUGCAGCGCUUAUCAAAGGCAUCAAGUCGUCGGGAAAAGUCGUGUAUUUCACCACUACGUUCCCAUUUGUGGCGCUCGUGAUCCUGCUGAUCAGGGGGCUGACACUGGAGGGAGCCAGAGGUGGGAUAGAGUUCUAUGUUGGUGGUCGGUCCAACCUCACUAAGUUGAAAGAGGCGGCGGUUUGGACCGAUGCAGCCACUCAGACUGUGUUUUCACUCUCCAUUGCAAGUGGAGGACUGGUGACUCUGGCUUCCUACGGACAUUUCCACAACAACAUGUUCCGUGACACCAUCGUCAUAUGCAUCGUUAACCACGGGACGAGCAUUAUAGCGGGCUUCUCCAUCUUUUCCAUUUUGGGUCACAUGUCCCACAUCUACAGCGUCCCCAUCGGCGAUGUGGUGAAAGACGGAUUCGGCCUGGCAUUCAUUGCCUACCCAGAAGCCCUCAACAAGCUCCCCAUCUCCACACUUUGGUCGGUCGUCUUCUUUUUAAUGAUCUUUGUUGUCGGCCUGGACUCGCAGUUCACACAUAUAGAGGUGAUCUCCACCAGCUUGAUGGAUGCCUUCCCCAAAGUCUUCAAGUCCAAGCGGGCCUAUGUCAGUGUAGGAUUGGCCGGUUUGGGUUUCCUCUUGGCCUUGCCUUUAGUCACAAAGGCAGGAAUAUACUGGGUAACACUAAUGGAUUCCUUUGGUACCAGCUGGGUAAUAAUCAUUUUGGCUCAGAUGGAGAACAUUGGCUUCUGCUUUAUAUACGGAGGGUGUCGAUUAAUCGAGGAUAUUGAGACGAUGAUCGGUAAAAAGAGCUGCUGGUUCUGGCUGUGGUGGAAAGCAUGUUGGUUCUUCAUCAGCCCGUGUGUGCUGGGGGCCAUCCUUGUGUGGUCUCUGAAGACCUUCAGGCCGUUGAGCUACGGCGGGGCGCAGCUUCCAUCUUGGGCCGUGGCUCUUGGCUCGUGCAUCGCAGCGCUGCCGCUCAUACCGAUGCCCGUCAUGGCUGCCAUCAAGCUGGUCGGAGCAGAAGGAAACCUCUGGAAGCGUCUGAAGUCUCUGUGCUCGCCUUCCGAGGAGUGGCAUCCCUUCCUGGACGUCCAUCGAGGGGAACGCUACUCAGAAGAACGUUGCAGGACAAAAGAUGCUUCACAAAUAUUACUGCAGUCCAAUGGAAGCUUGUGA